UGCCGAGCGGGGCCCCCGUCUCUUCGUAGCCGGCCCCGUUCCGCGAAGGUUUUUCGAGGCGUUUUGGCCCACGCCGGCCGCCCUCCUCCCGCUGCUGUCGCGUUGCCAUGGUAUUUUGCGCUCGGAGCGCGGAGGCGUCGCGGCCUGGCCGGGCCUGAGCGGCGGGGCGCCCGCGGGGCCGCAGCCUGGCAGGACGCUGACUCGGCCCUGCCCGCCGGCGGCCGGACAGGGCUGCGCAGGCCCGCUGGCCGAUCCCCUGCCUCCUCCUUCCCCGCCGCCGCCGCCUUCGCCUUGCCCCGCCGCUGCUUCUCUCGGCCCCGAGGUUCCAGCGGCGGCGGGAGGCGGCGGCGGGCGCCGGCUGGAGCAGGCGGCGGGGAAGAUGGCGGGGAACGGCGGAGGUUUCGCUGGCGCCGGGAGUGGGGAGAUAAUCCAGCUUAACGUGGGCGGCACCAGGUUCAGCACCUCAAGACAAACACUAAUGUGGAUUCCAGACUCAUUUUUUUCCAGUUUGCUGAGUGGAAGAAUUUCAACGCUGAAGGAUGAAACUGGUGCUAUAUUUAUUGAUCGAGAUCCAGCAGCAUUUGCACCCAUUUUAAAUUUUCUUCGCACAAAGGAGUUAGAUCUACGGGGAGUGAGUAUUAAUGUUCUCAGGCAUGAAGCUGAAUUCUAUGGAAUCACUCCUUUAGUGAGAAGAUUGCUACUAUGUGAAGAACUGGAACGCUCAUCUUGUGGCAGUGUCCUUUUUCAUGGCUACCUGCCUCCUCCAGGCAUACCGAACCGUAAAAUAAACAAUACUGCUGGGCUACCAGCUGAUAUUAGAAGUGGUCAGAACUGCUCCGAGAGUGAGUUUCGUGGAGGUGGUGUCCAGCCUACGUUAGCUGGUUCUGGGGAAAGUACAGUCAGACUAGGAUUUCCUGUGGACCCACGAAAAGUCCUAAUAGUAGCUGGUCACCACAAUUGGAUAGUAGCUGCUUAUGCCCAUUUUGCUGUUUGCUACAGAAUAAAAGAAUCAUCUGGGUGGCAGCAGGUGUUCACAAGUCCCUAUCUAGACUGGACAAUUGAGCGAGUGGCUCUCAACGCUAAGGUGGUUGGAGGACCUCAUGGAGACAAGGAUAAGAUGGUUGCAGUUGCCUCGGAGAGUAGCAUAAUCUUGUGGAGCAUUCAAGAUGGUGGCAGUGGCAGUGAAAUUGGAGUGUUCAGUCUUGGAGUCCCUGUAGAUGCUCUCUUCUUCAUUGGCAACCAGCUGGUGGCUACAAGCCAUACAGGGAAAGUGGGAGUGUGGAAUGCUGUGACUCAGCAUUGGCAGGUUCAGGAUGUUGUUCCUAUCACAAGCUAUGAUACUGCUGGGUCUUUCCUGCUGCUGGGCUGUAACAAUGGCUCUAUCUACUAUAUAGACAUGCAGAAGUUCCCACUGCGAAUGAAAGACAAUGAUCUUCUAGUGACAGAAUUGUACCAUGAUCCCUCCAAUGACGCUAUAACAGCACUCAGCGUCUACCUCACACCUAAAACAAGUGUAAGUGGCAAUUGGAUUGAAAUUGCAUAUGGCACCAGCUCUGGAGCAGUGAGGGUGAUUGUGCAGCACCCUGAAACUGUUGGCUCUGGGCCUCAGCUCUUCCAGACCUUCACAGUUCAUCGAAGUCCUGUUACGAAGAUCAUGCUCUCAGAGAAACAUCUUGUGUCAGUUUGUGCCGAUAACAACCAUGUACGGACAUGGACGGUGACUCGGUUCCGGGGCAUGAUUUCAACUCAGCCAGGCUCAACACCUCUCGCAUCUUUCAAAAUCUUAUCUCUGGAGGAAGCAGAGAGUCAUGGCAGUUACUGUUCUGGAAAUGACAUUGGACCCUUUGGUGAACGUGAUGAUCAACAGGUGUUUAUCCAAAAAGUUGUUCCCAUCACUAAUAAGCUGUUUGUAAGGCUGUCUUCUACUGGGAAAAGGAUCUGUGAGAUCCAGGCAGUUGACUGCACCACCAUCUCAUCAUUUACUGUGCGAGAAUGUGAGGGGUCCAGCAGAAUGGGCUCCCGGCCACGCCGCUACCUCUUCACUGGGCAUUCAAAUGGCAGCAUCCAGAUGUGGGACCUGACCACAGCUAUGGAUAUGGUUAAUAAAAGUGAAGACAAAGAUGUUGGCGGCCCCACAGAGGAGGAGCUGCUCAAGUUGCUUGACCAGUGUGACCUGAGUACCUCUCGCUGUGCCACACCCAAUAUCAGUCCUGCCACCUCAGUUGUUCAGCCAAACCGGCUUCGGGAAUCUAAUUCCAGCCUCCAAUUGCAGCACCACGAAACAAUCCAUGAAACAGCCACGUAUGGUUCCAUGCGGCCAUACAGAGAAAGCCCCCUGUUGGCAAGAGCAAGGCGGACGGAGAGUUUUCAUAGUUACCGGGACUUCCAGGCUUUUAAUUUAGCCAGCAAAAGCCCAACAGAAAAGGCAGCUGCUGCAAAUGGGAAUUCAAACCAGACAGAGGCCAGGAAGGCAACAGCUGAAGGCAGUGCAGCUGAGAGAAAGGCAGCCCUCACAACAGCACUUGAAGUGCGAGGCAUGGGUGUGACAGAUGCAGGUGGGUGUUGCAGUACAGAAGUUCACCGUCUGCCAGAGAGUUCUGUGGAUCUCAAAAGAAGAGGACCAGAAGAGGAGAGUGAAGCCAAAGCAGAAAGCAGAAAGAAAAUGGGGUUUGAAGGAGCUGGCUUUCUGGGAAGAAAGAAAGUGCCUCUCCUGGCUUCUGCGCCAGUCCUUGCUGAAGGUGGGCCUGAAUUACCUGGUGCAGCUUCUCCCUCGCCUACAAAGACAGCUGCUUCACCACGUCACAGAAAGAAUGAUUCGUCCUGUCAAGACUAUGGCUUGUGAAACUGUGACUGGUGGCCAGGAUGAGGUACAGGUGCCCUCUGGCUGGUAGCAGGCAUAACGUUGUGCGUUAUGGGUGGUGUCUUAAAUGGGACUUCCUUCUGAUAGAAUGGAAAUUGUAAGGUUGUAAGAAUGUACCUGGCUGCUGCCAAACCUUUGAAGAGUUGUCCACAUCAGCGUGUGGCUUUAUGUAAUGCUCCAAAAUAUAGUACGGUACUUAGUCCAAACCAUUGUUACUGUGUUCUUGUGUAAAUGUGGUCAGGCAUGUGAUAUGUUUGGAUUAUUUUUGUUUUGGGGAAAGGAAGGGUGCUAAAGGAAUAUCCGGUUGCUCAGUGGAGCAUGCCUUUUAGAGACAGCCACAUGUUGCUCGGCAGAGCUGCUGCUGUCUUGGCUGGAUUUUGCCUAAUCCACAGGGCUGCAACUAUCAUCUUGUUUUAUGAAUGGGAUCUUUGCUUUGUAUGCUGCUGUCUGAAAUCUGAAAUGUUUUGUGCAGGUUAAGGAGGAAGAUGUUCAAAAUAGCAUAUUAUUUUGCCUCUUAGUCCAAAUAAAUUGCCAGAGGAAUGUUGCUUGUGCUUUCUGAAAAUGUGUGGUAUCAGAUGAUGGGUUUUGCUGAUUGUGACUGAGAGCACACAUAAAAAUAUGCUUGCAGAAUACACAGAACUGGCAGUCUCUUGAGGGCUUCCUUGUCACUUUCUCUGAAAAAAGGACAGAGAUGAAUAUGGGAGUAGGUGUACUGUCAUGGUGUAGUAAUUCUCAAUUAUAAGUGCCUUGACAUAUUAUUUCCUACCAAUGUUGCACUGACUGCUUGCUGCUUGCUCCUGGUUUACUGUGGAUGGUGAACAAAUUUUAUUGCUGGUAGAGUAGUAAUAUAUAAGCAAAAGGGAAGGCUGUGACAGCAAGUGUUUAAUAGGAAGUAGGCUAGGAGGUUUUCUACCUCUGAAAACACAUGCUUUUGGAGUUAAGCAUUAAUGGCUUUUUUUUCUAAACUUGAGCUGAGAGGGUGGGGAAGAGGGAUUGAGAUAAAACAAAGGUUUAAAGCAACUCCAUAAGAAUUCCUACAUUUGCAGUUUAUUCACCUCUACAUGAACAUAAUUUUGUGAUGGAACUUUGUCAGGCCAGGAAAAGACACGGCUGUCCUGCCAUGAAGGCCUCUUUUAGCAGCAUGCUGCUUUUUGGACAGGUGAAAGACUUGACUUUACCAAACGUGCUGCCCCCUCCCACACCCACCACCCUCCUCAGUUGGGAAAGUUGGAUGAGUGACGAAGUUGAGAGCCUCUGCCUUCACAGUCUUCUAUUACUUUUAUACUUAAGGAUUUUCAAACUGUGUUCUUACCUUUGUGAGGUGUCAGUGCUAGCACAUGGUUUUUACAAUACAAAGAGAUGGUAAAAAAAAGGCCAACUUACCCCCACACACAUAUCUCCUCCCAACAAACUUUUAUCUUUAACCAGUGGGCAUGGGGUGGGGAAGCAGCAGCCCUAUCCCCCACCCCAAGGCCCUGCAUGCUGCUUUUGGCAAGUUACCCACUUUCCAUUUUUUUAGAGAAGGUGAUGUGUUCUUCAAAGGUGGGUGUCGGUGAAUGUGGUAUGCUCCUUGGUGACUGUGCUGAAGCCUUUGAUGACAUUGACAAGAUCUUCUUCAUCUGCAUACUGUCAGGAUGGGCAAAAAAAUAAAAAAGCAUGUCAGCCAAA